AUUGCUCGGCACACAGUCAAGAUGCAGAGCUUUCUUGGAGUAGCACUCGUUCUGGCUCUUCUGAGCUUGGUGGCCAGUCAGGCGACGAACAGCUCCCAGUCCAUGGACCUCUACAUACUCCAGAAUCAACGGCAGUACGACGCGAAGAUCAAACAGCUGGCCGAUGAAUUAGCCAACUUCAAGCAGCUGUUCCAGAAGCAACUUACUGCCGUAGACGUGCAAGCGGAUUCGAUGCAGCUUAAACUGGAACAAGCCUCCGCCCACCUGGAUCCCAUUAUCCUGAUCGAUUCCUGGAGCAAGCAGUGCGUUCAGAACUACAGCGCUACUAUACCCACGAUCACCGUGGCCCGGGACUCCAUUAUAAAGUGCAAGGAGAGUAUAAGUAGCCUUUUGAACGCUCCUGAGAGCACCUACAACACCCUGAACAACUACUAUAAGAACAACGUGAAGAACGGUUUGGCGCAAUGCCUAAAACUGCAUCCUACUGCUCAGUUAAAUUACACGCUCUGCGUAACCAAGGUGAUUGGUGAUGCCAAUAAGUACACUAUUACCACACAGAAUACCUUCUAUACCAACCUGAAAAGUUCCGAGUGUACGGCUGAUAAUCGCAUAAGAAGCUCCUGGCAGUGCUCCUUCGGACAGGUGUACUCCAUUACCACCAAAGUGGAACAGACCCAGCAACUCAUCGACUCCUGCAUUUCCAACAAGCUAAUCUGUGGCGGAUUUGAGAGGCAAGAGUGUCCGAAUAAGUCAUCCGUAACUCUGGCGCAGAUCGAUCCUCGCAACGAUACCAUCCUGAACCCCUUCAAGUCUGUGACCAAUGAUAUGAACUGUCUGGAGUUCCAGAUCAGGAGAUAAUAAUAUAAUUAUUCAUUUUGCAUAAAGCUAAGCUAAAGCGUGUAAUUAUAUAGAUCAUUUAUUAACUUAUAUGGCUUUCGAUGUUUAAAUAAAUAUAAAUAUUUUUAAAAGCA